AUGCUCCUCGUCAUACGUGGCGCGAUCGACCACUACGACGAGCCCCUCCAUGAGCCCAACGCCCAGGCUAAGGGCUGGGUCAACCGCGCCCGCGAGCUCGCCUACGACGGCGAGGACUGGGCUGACCUCUUGCUCCACCGCGUCCAGGUCAGCGGCGGUGGAUGUACCGCCCUCGGCUCUAGGAUUCACAAUCGGCUUGGCCUUGUCUACCGCGACAUCGCCAGCGAGCUCCGGAAAUUGAGGAAGCGCGCUGUUGAGCUGAUCGAGCAGUUCAAGCCCUUGAGCCUCAACUCCCUCGAGCCUGUCGACCCCCGGCUGACCACGCCCUUCGUCGACGUUUGCAGCCUGGUCGGCUUGGACGGGCCGAUGGAGAAAGUGACCAAGAUGGUUACCGGUGCCGGCGGCAAGAUGGUUGUCUCCAUCGUCGGGAUGGCCGGAUCUGGGAAGACAACGCUCGCUAUGGUGGUGUACCAGCAGCUUAUUAGACAGAAGAACCGCUUCCAUUUACAUGCUUUCGUUUCCCUGGGGCAGGAGGCUAGGUUCGAACAGGCUCUCAACAGCAUGCUCUCGGAGCUUGGCGAUGGGCACCGAGAAGGGCCGAUCCAGGGCAUUGAGCAGCUCAUCUCGAGGAUCAGAGAAAUAUUGGAGAACAAGAGGUACCUCAUUGUGGUUGAUGAUUUAUGGAGCAGCAAAGACUGGGAAAUGAUAAAUUAUUGUUUCCCAAAUAACUCCCUUGGUAGUAGGAUAAUCACCACGACAAGGAACCUUGCAUUGGCAGAGGAAUGUUGCCCUGGUUGGAGCGAUUGCAUUUACAAUACUGGGCUUCUUAGUGAAGUCGACUCCAGAAAACUAAUUCUGGAUAGAGCCUUUGGUAUUGGGCAUGGUUGUCCUCCACAGUUGGAGGACGUUCUUGCCCAAAUUACAAGAAGAUGCAGUGGCCUGCCUCUUGCUUUAGUUACCGUAGCAUCCAUGUUAGAAGGCAAAUUCUCAAAGGAUAAAUGGCAUCGGCUUAUUGGAUCAAGAUGGUCAUCAGAUGCAGAAGUGAUGAAGCAGAUAUUCAAUCGUAGCUACAGUGAUCUUCCCCAUCAUCUUAGAGCUUGUCUGCUGGAUCUAAGCAUAUUUCCUGAUGAUUUCAAGGUUGAUGUAGACCGCCUAAUGAGGCGAUGGAUGGCUGAUGGAUACAUCGAUAUCCCUGGAGUGUCCAAACGCAUGGAGGAAACAGCUAGAAGAAACAUCAACGAGCUCAUUAGCAGAAACAUGGUACAACGAUUGCCCCCGAUCCAUGGUGCCCCAAGGUAUUGCAGGCUUCACCCUGUGAUACAUGAUUUCGUUGUUUGCAAAUCAAUGGAAGACAACUUUGUCACUCUAGUGGAUGAUCAGAGCCCACCAAUCUCAACCAACGACUGCACUGUCUACUGGCGGCUAUCAGUGCAGAGCAGUAAGCAUGAUCGAGACCUGACGUCAAAUGAUGGUAUGGACUUAUCCCAUGUUCGCUCAAUCACUGUCUUUGGUCAGGCCAGCGCCGCAACUGGCCUGACUAAUCUGCGUGUUGUGCGUGUGCUGGACCUUGAAGGCUGUGUCGGUCCGGUAGGCCUGGACAACCUAGACAAGCUGCCGCUGCUGAGGUACUUGAACCUCAAAGGCACUGAUGUCACUGAGCUCCCUGCAACAACAUGGGAACUAAGGUUCCUGGAGUCACUGGAUGUAAGAUCCACGAAGGUGAAACAGCUGCCUCCAAGCAUUAUGGGCCUACGGCAUUCUUUGAGAACUCUUCUCUUUGGUCACGAAGGAAUGAUUAAUUCGGUGGAAACAGCAACAAGGAUUGCCGGGGAUAUCCAGCAUUGCGGCGGGCUGCAGAAUUUAGCCACUAUCGAUUUGAGGGUACACCCUGCAAGCUUUGUAAAGGCUCUCGGUGAUCUUAACGCCUUGAGGGUGCUCGAAAUAAUAUGGUCCUUUCACCAAUGCACUGAGGGAGCUUACUGUGAAGUACUACUGUCAUCCAUGGAGAAGUGGAGCAAGCUCAGGUCUCUGACCAUCCACUGUGGCCUCGGCUGUUGGAUGGAGUUUCUAGGUUCCCUGUCUCAUCCGCCUGAGCAACUUGAGGAGUUCAAGGUGACAGCAGGAGGUUUCGUAAGUGUUCCCAAAUGGAUCCAAAGGCUCAAUCACCUAUCUUUCCUUCAAAUCACAAUCUGCAAGACAGGGACAGACAAUAUGAAGAUACUCAGGGACAUACCCCAAUUGCAGAGUCUGAUACUAGGCUUGGAUUUUGUUCCCAGAGAACCUUUAGUGAUUGGAAGCGAGGGGUUCAGUAAGCUUCUAAGGUUCUCAGUCGAUUGCCCAGUGCCAUGGCUCACUUUCCAAACAGGUGCCAUGCCAAAGCUCACACAUUUUCAACUAGAAUUCUGCUCAGGUUCGACAAAUCCAGACAGUGUUCCUUCUGGUGUCGGCAACCUCCAGAGGCUCACGGAGGUAGUUCUCCUCUACAACCAAAAGUGGUGUGCUGAUAGUUCUAGUGUCAUAAUGACCAUUCAUGCUGUGAAAAGACAGGUUGGCAAACAUCAUAACCUAAUAGACCUCAUCAUCAACGACACCAAAGUUGAUGUCCAAGAAGUUGAUGUAGAGAUGAAGCACACAACCGAAAUUCAGAGUGGUGAUGCAAGGACUACAGUAGAGACUCAGGGUGAAAUUGAAAUCGUAGCUGAUUGUGAUAACAUUGGCAGCACCUACUAG